AUGACAACCGAUAAAGAGAAGCGCCAACCCAAAGACUUACCUUCUGGAACAGAGCCCUCAAACCUUGACAAUGAGGUUGUGGUAGUAGACGACGAUGGCACAGCCGUCAACGCAUCCGGGUGGAAGGACCAGCUACACCGGCAAUAUGGUUUACUCAGUCUAUGUGGUAUUGCUCUGACGGUGGAUAAUGCCUGGGUUGCUCUAGGUAGCUCUAUUUCAGUAUCUAUCGCAAAUGGAGGACCUCCUGGCCUUAUAUUCAGUCUGAUAGUGGCUGGGGCAUAUUACUCUUUUAUUGGUCUGAACCUGGCGGAGUUCGCAUCAGCCAUCCCCUCAGCAGGCGGCGUCUAUCACUGGGCCACAGUCACCGGCGGACCACGCUGGGGUAGGAUCUUGGGAUUUUAUGCAGGUUGGAUCAAUUUCUUCGGCUGGAUGUUCGAUCUCGCCUCCCUCGUACAAAUCACUGCGAACAUCACAAUACAAAUGUACGCAACCUAUCACCCGGAUUACGUCCAGCAGGCGUGGCAUACCUACAUUACCUACCUGCUAGUGCUGUGGAUAAGCGCAUUCAUCGUCAUCUUCGCGAACAGACUAUUACCCUACUCGCAAUAUGCGGCUGCUAUGCCUAAGACGCAUGCCACUUCAUACUUUGUUUGGGGCUCAUUUGACGAAAACAAUCUGACCGGAUGGACGGGCGGUGUUGCAUUUCUUUGCGGAGUACUCAAUGGAGCUUUCACUAUUGGAACCCCUGAUGCAAUUACGCACAUGGCUGAGGAGCUUCCUCACCCCAAGAAAGAUUUACCGAAGGCUAUUGGGUUGCAGAUUGGCUUGGGGKUUCUCUACGCAUUCUGCUUCGCGAUUGCACUCUGUUACUCAAUCACCGAUCUGAAUGCCCUUCUAUCAGGAGUCAACAGCUACCCCCUAGCUACCAUAUACGCACAGGCAACUGGAAACAACGCUGGGGCUACUUUUGGCUUGCUGUUUAUUAUCUUCUGUUCGUCACUCUUGUGUACCAUUGGCACUGUGCUAACCAACUCUCGUAUCUACUGGUCGCUUGCACGCGACAAUGCCGUCCCAAUAUCCUCUCUAUUCGGUAAGGUCAAUGAAAGCCUCAGCUGUCCGGUCUACGCAACCCUGCUAUGCGUAAUCUUCGCAACUGGCCUCGGCGCAAUUCCUCUUGGAAGCAGCACCGCGUUCAUUGAUCUCACGGGCUCCUUCAUCAUCCUCACCACAGUAUCCUACGCAAUCCCCAUCGUUGCAAACAUGUUAACAGACCAGAAAUAUCUUCCCAAGGGGCCAUUUCAACUUGGCAGGGGGGCUACUAGUCGUUUCGUUGGCUGGGGAGCUGUGGUGUUGAUUAUGUUUUUCAAUGUUUUCUAUUGUUUCCCAUAUUCGAUUCCUACUACGAGUGCAGCAAUGAACUACAAUAGUGUAAUUCUUGUGGGCGUGGUUGCGUUGACGAGUAUUUGGUGGAUGGUUCAUGGAAUCAGAAAUUAUGCUGGGCCACGAUUGACGCAUUUGUAUAUCCAUGAGGGGAUCGAGCAGGUCAAUCAUGUGGCUGGCACGCCCUUACAGUCGCAGUCGGAAGAGAAGACUGCAUCUAGUGAGUGA